AUGUCCGCAUCAUCCUCUUUCAGCCGCAUUUCGGCAUUCACACCCACCCAAUCGCGACGUAUCAGCCCCCACGAAGCCAACCAGGCGACCUCCGACUUCUCCUUCUCACCGGACGUUGUCUCCUCCCCCUAUCAAAAUAUUGCUUCUAGCGCCUCCUCGGGUUUCUUCCAGGACAGCUUCUCUAAUUCCUUUUCCGCCUCCCGGCUGGCCGACGACUCGCUAAUGUCCGAACAGAGUGAGCCCCCACAGGCAACUACCCUACUGCAAAGGAGUUCCAAGCCCUGCAUGUUUUCAAACUCCUAUGGUGAAUGCAACAAUCUGGCCCACCGCCCUAGAGACGUUGAUUUCUACUGUCCUCUCACGGAUGGCGAGUAUCCCUUCCGAGGUAGCGGUGAUAGCCACACUCGGGUUCAGCAACAGCAGCAACAGCAGUUGGAUGAGGGCGAGGCGGUGAUUCGCGAGUCACCCAACCUCUCUGUCUUCGACUCAACCAUGAACCCCGCCUGUAAGACCCCCAACUCCUCCUCCGCCUCCUCCUCCUCUGCGACCUCCUUCCUGAAGGCGGCGUCAACA